AUGUCUCCACCUAACAAGCGCAAGAAGCACGCACGAAACUUUAAACGAAAGGCUGACGGCUCCAUCUACAAGCUCAAGCUAAACAAGAAUCUACCGUCCCGCCCUCCCAGUACAGAAGGCGCUCUGGCCAGUACUGCGACUAACCAGAGAGGUACGGGGUUAUUCGCUUCAACUCAAGCAAGACGCGGAAGAGAACAAGAAAUGUACGACGUAGAGCGCAACUAUGCGAAUCGCUGGAAAAACCUUCCAUGGAAACUCAAAGUUGACUUUGAGUUGGAGGCCAUCGACUUAGUGUGGCUGUACCAACCUACGCAGGAAGAAGCUACCUACACGCCGCAGCGAACGCACAACAAGUCAGUAUCACUAAUAGGUUAA